AUGGGCGAAGUGGCAGACGAGCAGUCGGACGAGAGAGCUAGCUUGGUGGCCACGUACCAGAAGUGGUCAGGCCAGGUGCCAUGGUUGGUGCUCACCGACAAGGGUCUGGGGUGCAAAGUGUGUUUAGAGUACAAGACAAGCAGAAAGAAGCGUGGUUUGGCUGCUGGGGAAUAUGUGCCCAAGAAGUACUUGUACCAGCGAACUUGGCAGCAGCAUGUCCAAGAUAACGGACUGCAUGCUGAAGCCGUGGCUGCGACAACUUCUUGUUCUGCAGACAGCAAGCCAGCAGAGCAAGGGAGCCCCAGAAAGAUCCGCAGGUCCGGCAGUUCAGGUUCCGUGGAGUCGCCUGGGACAGGUUCGCUGCAGUCGCCUGGCAGAGAUUCGCUGGGGUCGCCUGGCAAAGAUUCGCUGGGGUCGCCUGGCGCAGAAAGCGCGGGCAGAAAGCGGCCUCGCGCACGGGCAUCGCCGAGUGAAAUGUUUUUCAACAGCAUGGUGGCUGCGUACUCUGUCAUGGUGUCUGGCUGGUCGAGCACAGUGUAUUCUGCAAUGAUGCUGUUCGGGCGUUUGAUCUCUGCGGCAGUUCCUGAUGGCCACAGCUCCAGCACAAUACUCUCCGAGAUGCAGGACAUCAUCUACAAAGAGGCACGGCGUGACCUGGAGACUGAGAUCCAACAGUCGCCAGGCUACAGCUUGACAGUGGACGAGAAGGACGGCGCGCUCGCCAUCGUGGUGACAUACUUGCGUGACGGCCACGUUGUGUCCCGUGCUUGUGGUUACAGAACGCUGCAUGGUUUGGAGUCCGAAGACCUGGCCGCGACCGUGAAAUUCUUCGUGGGUGCUUGGGGGCUGGAUCCUGCAAAACUGUGUUGCGUGGCUGCCGACGGUGCUUCAGUCAAUGGUAGCACCAGGCGGCAGACCGACAUCACAGGCAAAAACCUGGCUGCUGCCUUGAGGCGAUGGCACCAGCACCCGAUGCUUUGCACGCACUGUGCAGCUCAUCGGCUGCAGCUCGUUGUUUGCGAUGGGUGGAACCACACCUACCUCACGGAAAUGGAGAAGUGCAUCUCGUCCUUGUUCAAGCAUCUCCGAAACCAUCCAGCAACGGCAAUAGAUUUGCACUUUUGGGCAGAGGUGACAGCUGAACCAGCGCUCAGCGGCCUCAGCAUGUCGUCGGCUCGUUGGCUCAGUCUUUUGAAGCCACUCAAGAGGCUGUUCCAGUCCCACACCUGCACCUUGGCCCAUCUCCACUACCAUUUUAUGCACGAGAGAGAUCGCGAGGCUAAGAAAACCUUGCGGUGGCUUUUCCUGACAAUGGCUACAUGGCGUUUCAAGUUGACUAUGGCUGGCUUGAUUGACAUCCUUGAACACUGCUGGGAGACAAAGCUUCGCUUGGAAAGCGACCGUCUCUCGCUUGACGAAGUGUCGCAUUGCAUCGCCGUGCUGAAAUGCAAGCUAGAAAGCUAUGUCAUGAAGGAAAGCGUGGCAGCACAUGCCAUUGCUGGCGGAGAGGCAUCUUGCACGGGUACAAGCUGCUUGGAGAAGACCUGCGCCGAGUACCGCGACAAGCAAGGACAGCAGCUGCAUUUGCGCUAUGUUCUCACAGAUGGGACCGUCCGAGAGUACUGGGCCAAGCUCGAAGAGAUAGGCUCUGCAAGAGAUCACAAAGAGGUUUUCAGAAUCUUGCAAAAUUUUGCGGAGCAGUGCAUGCAGAAGCUGGCAACACGAUUUGGCCCUGUGCCCUUUCUCAUGAGCUACCAAAUCUUCAGCCCAAGUUGGAAGUACUCGCAUACGCAGCUGGCAGAAGCAUCGUGCGCUUUGUCUGAAUUUUGGCAGCUGGAUGGCAAGGUUCUCAUGGACGAUUUUCGGACAUGCUUUGCGAUUCGCGACGCGCUCUUUGGAGAGGAUGAUGACUUGAAGAAGUCUCGAGCGCACGAGCUGUGGCGGCGGGUGCUUUGCCGAUUGGCUCCUGGCCAGAACGUUUUCGGCAGGCAGGUGAUCGUUUCUUUUUUGCUGAUUCAGGCACAGAGUGCUAGUUGCGAGAGAGCUUUUUCAUCAGUGGAAGAGCUCCGGAAGCAUCUUGGACCAGAUGCCACACCCGACUUGCUGGAGCAGUAUCUGGUCAUGGGCAGCGCGCAGAGUGUUCAGGAAGCUGCGAGCUCUGGUUUUUUGGAUCGGUGUUUGCAGGUUUUCAUGGGGGCCAAGGAGCGUCGGGACAGCUCAUGCAAGUUUUACAGGAAGGGUGGCCAAAUCCUGGUGCGACGGCGAGCUGUUCGGUGCGACAAAGGCCGAAAAAGGCCUCACUACACUCGAAAGAAGUCAAGGACUUGCCAGAUCAGGCAUGCCCCGAAUUUUCGAAACCUGAAGCCAAGUUCUGAGAAUGUGGCUUGCUUGGAGCCUGGACAGGGUCAGCCUUUGUCCAGCAUCUAUGAAGCCAUGUCGCCCCGAAAGGGACACAAGGCAAGUCAGUCUGCUGGGAAGACUGAGUAG